ACGCCUAGGUAUACAAUAAAUUAGAGACAUCUAAAAUGUACAACUCUUAACAGAGCUCUUUGCAUUGGUUGGAGCGCUUGUCAAUCAUAUUGCCCCAUUGUCUCGUUGGUGCGACGGAUAGUAGAACUCGAGCUGGUUGUAAGCGCGAGAAAGCAGUUGUGGCAGCAGAACCAGUGAUGGGUGCACUGAUCUUAAGUGCUGUUUAGUUGGAAUUGUUCAAACUUUUACGUGGGGAGCUGAAAGAACAUGAAGUGUGAACUUAGAACUAUGUUAAGGUCAACGAUGCUGGAAUUACUUUUGUUUUCAUUGACAGCUGGGUUAUAUCGUGCUGCACCGCGCGCCUCCAACAACAAUGAACUGUCUGUAUCAAAGCAACCUGCCAUGUCCGAAAUCACACUCGGGCAGCUCGGCACUACCAUGCCAAACUAUUUACCCGAGGACAAUGUGAGGUUGUCCACAAUUUCAGCGCUCUCCCCAGUUUCUACCGCGACCACAUCGGCAAACAGGAUUACAGGUAAAACCACUAAAUCUUCCCAAACAAACAAGUUGACCCGAACAGCAAAGACCACCAUAAGUGAGUCCAUAUCGAAGGAGUCCUCAGUAAAAAACAAUGAUGGUACAGCUGACAUAACGCCGAUAAUUUACACAGGAAUAUUUCGAACUACAACACCAACUGCUUCGACAAUUUCUACAUCGAGGACUCCUGAAACAAAGACACAUUCUAAGCCCACCUCUCAGCCUCUACCUGUCCCCACCACUGACACGCAACAAACUGAGUUCCUGUGUAACUGUAGCAGCGAGGGAUCUCUGGAUCUGGACCACUGCAACCGCAGCACAGGGCAGUGUGUCUGCCUGUUGGGCUACAUGGGACUGCAGUGUGCUGACUGCCAGGAGGCCCACUUCAACAACGGCACCACCGGCUGCAUCCCCUGCAGCUGCGACUCCUAUGGUGCUCUCGGACCCCUCUGCGACAGCUCUGGGAUGUGCGUGUGUAAGACAGGCGUAUACGGUGACAAGUGUGACGAUUGCCACCCAGGUUUCUUCCGGUUCAGCAGUACGGGUUGCCAGCCAUGCCAGUGCAAUAAUCACUCCAACUACUGCCACCCACAAUCAGGCAUCUGCUUGAACUGCCAAGGGAACACUAAAGGACCCGGCUGUGAGGAAUGCAAGUAUAAUUUCUACCGGAGGCCCGGCACUGCCCUUACUGAAGUCUGCGUCCCCUGCCCCUGCUCCAGCGUCACCUCUUCUGGCAGCUGCCACAUUGACCCCAGAGGACAAUCUGUGUGUGACCAGUGUAAGCCAGAGUACCAGGGGCCCCACUGUGACCAGUGCAGGGGUGGCUUCUACAAUGCGGACAGCAUCUGCCUUCCUUGCAACUGCAGCGGGAACGCCGAACCCGGGACCUCGCCCCGCAUCUGCAACCCUGAGACAGGUCACUGCCUGAGCUGCGUCAACAACACGUCGGGGAAACACUGCGAGCGCUGCGCUGAAGGCUACGUGGGUAGCGCCAUCAUCCACAGCUGCAAAGCUAUAGUCACUCCCACCCCUGAGCAGAACACCACCCUGACCCUGCGCUCCACCACCACUACCCUCUCUAGUGGCCACACUAUGACUUCCACCUCCAACGCCACCACCACUCAGCUGACCACCACAGCCUCCAGCACCACACCAGGUCUCCUCGCCAACACCACGGCCGCCAUCUCCGAGGUCUCCUGGACCCAGUUCAAUGUCAUCAUCCUCGCGGUGAUCAUCGUGGUAGUGGUGGUGCUGAUGGGCGUGGCGGGCGGUGUCUAUACCUACCGCGAGUACCGCAACCGCAAACUGAACGCUCCGUUCUGGACCAUUGAGCUUAAGGAGGAUAACAUCAGCAUCAGCAGUUACCACGACAGCCUGCCCAACAUGGGGGACGUGUCGGGCCUGCUGGAGGAAGAGGCCAGCAUGGAGGUGGCGCCCAACGGCCAGCUGGCGCUUAGCAGCCCCAUCAACAUGUACAAGGCGUGAUGAUGGGCCAUGGGCGGGGAUGCUUCUUCUUCUUUGGUGUUUUAACGGCGGUGUGCAAGCUAAUGUUUAUUGGUGUUACCGCAGCCUUCUGGACUAGUGUGGUAAAGAUGCAUCCUCCGGGAAACUGUAUUCUGUCCCAUCUCUACCACACCCACCAACCCCACCCGUGGUGGACACACCCACCAUGGAACUCUGACUGGGGGAGGGAUGUCUCUGACUGGGAGAGGCAGAGAUAGGGGGGAGGGAUGUCUCUGACUGGGAGAGGCAGAGAUAGGGGGGAGGGAUGUCUCUGACUGGGAGAGGCAGAGAUAGGGGGGGAGGUUUAUCGUCCAGUCCUCAGGAUUUUAAUAAAUCUGCUUGUUGUGAUGACUUCAACAGAGAGAAUAAUGUUGCGGUUACUAACAUGAGGAGGAGCUGGAAGGAUGGACUAACUACGGAAUCAGAAAUCAAGUGACUCCUGGUUCACCCAGACUGGGAGAAACAUGUAACAUGACAACCUGAGUUUGAAUGGUUCAGAAGGGCUUGGGAGUCUUUGUGCCCUUCAUGAUUCAACCUUUGAGCCACAGGGAACCACAUUGAGCUAGGAAGAGAGUGGAGGUGAGCAUGUGGAGGUCCGUGAAGGCUGAGUGUCCAGCCAGGCCUGUGAAACCAGUGAACUGAAGCCCACUCUGAAACGCUGCAUCACACAAUCAAAAACAUACUGAAUAUUGACAGUAUGUGCACCUCUUCAUAUACACAUCCUCAAACACUGUUUGCACAUACGGUACUGCACACACAUGCACAAGCACUAAAUAAAACACACACAUGCACACCUUGUACCAUAAUAAAACACAUACACACAAAAUAAAGAGAGAGUGUAUUGUCCUGGUUGGUUUCAAUGGAGGAUAACUUGCUUCAAAAUUGUUCAUUUACAUUGUAUAAUGAGAGACAAAAUGGACAAUAGUUUUGCGACAAUUAUGAUUCAUACAACACUGCUGUGGGGCCAUUUUGGUAUGUUUUGACACUAAAAUGAAACGAUUGCAGGGCUCUGGUAGACUUAUGUCUAGGGCAUCUAUUUCACUAGGAGAAACAAGAGGCUCCAGAUUUUAAACAAGUGUUUUUGUUCAUUUUAUUUGAUAAUUUAUUGCUUUCUGUUUUCCUCAAUAAGCUUACUGCUAAUGUGUUGCACAGACAGAUUUUAGCCAUGCAGAUGCCAGAAGGCCCAUUACAGAAAAUGUAUUGGUUUACGGCUGAAACUGAAAUUAAGGCAGGAGAAGUUAUUUUCAUGGUUUCUUAUUUUAUUCAUAAUAAUAAAAUUAUUAAUAAUAAUAAUAAUGAACUGGAAUUGUGUAGCAAGUGCUCAAAUAGUUUUACUAUUAUCCACUACUUCCACCUGGAUGAUGACGCUCAAGUUCAGUAGGCAUGAAACAGAAGAAAAAGACUGAAAUGGGGAGACACUACCUGGACUUGUUUUCGUUUUCUGUUUCAAAACAUUUUACCACCUGUGUUACCUACUGAACAUGACCCAGCUGUCACAGUGGACAGAUGAGGAAGUGCAUCAUACUAAUUAAGAAUCGGGGUGAUUAUGUGGGCAUGAUUGUCUGAGGGCCUGACUGGGAAUUUAGCCAGGACAGCGGGGUUUAACAACACCCGUACUCUUGCAACUUUUUUGGAGCAUAACUAGUAAUACUUAUGGAAAAGGAUUAAACCAUUUAGCGGUGAAUUCAAAAGCAUGCGGAAAUAGGGAAGGCAGAGCUCUUCCCCAAUUAUUUUGAAUGCAACGCAAACUAGUUUGAAUUAUGAGAUUUGGGAGAACUAUUGUCACCAUACCAGAUAAAGGUUUCUUUGAAAUUGUAAUUACCUAACAAUUCCCAUGUGCACCGAGUGUACAAAACAUUAGGACGCCUUCCUAAUAUUGAGUUGAACCCUCUUUAGCUCUCAGAACAGCCUCAUUUCUUCAGGGCAUGGACUCUACAAGGUGUCAAAAGCGUUCCACAGGGUUGCUGGCCCAUGUUGACUCCAAUGCUUUCCACAGUUGUGUCAACUUGGCUGGUAGUGGAUCUCUACUCUGAAUAGCUUGUUCCAUCUCAUGCUCAAUUGGAUUUAGAUCUGGUGACAGGGCAGGCCACUGUUGUUUGUGGAACCAUUCCUGGACAAUCCUAGCCUUGUGGCAUGGGUCAUUUUCCUGCUGAAAAAAUCAAUUUGCAGAUGGAUACACUGCUGCCAUGAAGGGAUGCACUCAAUGUAUAUCAAAUGUCCAGUUUCAGUUAUGGUUCUUUCCUUCCUUUAAGCUGCUCAACGGAUCUGAAGCUUUGACCCCCCCCACCAUUUCCCUGCAAUACAUUUCUCCCCAUCCUUCCACCUAGAGAUCAUGUGCUCUUACUCCCUCAGGUACUGUCCUGCUCAUUGUAAAUAUGAACAUGAUGUACAGAUUUGUUGUAAAUAAGAAGCUACUAUUGUAGAUAGGAGAGGGUGAGUUCUUUUCAGGACUGGGAAAUUCUGGGCCUCUUCUCUGGGUUGUUUUGACAUCCAGGCAUAUUAGGGGUAUUCUCAACUCUGAUCUCUUCCCAUUGUAACGACAUACCAACCAUAAUUCUUCCAUAGAAGCAUAGGUACUGAGAUUUACCAGAUGCCUUUUCUGUCUGAUACACCUUGUACAUACCACAGCUAAUGUAACCUACCAAAAUUAAACUCUGUUUUUGUUUAA